AAGGUGGACCCGUUUACUGUGAACAGACCCACGCACGUUCAUCACUUGGGAAUAUUACUUGGUGUCUUUCUCCCAGUGUUUUUAUUUUAAACAAAAGGAAUCAAAGUCGUGAUGUUUGAAUUUAAGAAGAGGAGAAGUCUGCCCCUGACCUGCUCCAGAGACACGGAGGAGUUCAGGAGAGUAGCGGUGCGACGCAAACUCAAAGGACACACAGAGAGUGACGUGUGCCUCUCCUACAGCUGCCGACAUUCAUUCGACAGACUCUGUGGAGCAGGUUCAAAGUCCAGAAUGGAGCCCGAGGAAGACCACGAGAGGACCCCCGCCAAGAGAUCUCAUCACAAACCACAAGUCCCACCUAAACCUCCCCACCUCCUGACUCCAGUUAAGUCCGUACCACAGCUUAAGCAUGGACCCAAAGUAGACCAAACUCCAAACCGGGGACUGAAUGGAUUCACCAACCCGUCUCUGAACUGCUACUCACCAACUCCGGUUAAAGCUAGUUUUAAAAAUAGAGAACCUACUAAAUCUCCUCAAGCUAUUUCUUAUCUCACACCCAGUCCUACUAUGGGAUCACAGGGCUCAGCAGAUCUAGCUAUUCAAAACUGUAGCCCAAAAAGUGAAGGGAGGUGCAGUCCAAUAAACACUAGUCCAAUUUCAAGACGGCUACGAACCCCCAGUCCAGUUCAUGGGAAGAUGUGGACCUAUACUCCUGCCAAGAACUCCAAAUCUUGGUUCGGAAUAAAUAAAAUCGCAAAGUUGGAUGGACAAGAGAGGAACAGACCAAAGUCUCUGAGUGUGCCUGACCUGAUCACUUACGUGGAAGAAAGCAGUUUUUAUCCUGAAAAAGACCGUUCUCUUCUACAACCUCUGCAGACCAACAAUAUUUCUGAUACAGAGGUUUUCAAGCAAACGGACAAUUUCACAAAUGAAAAAGCUGCCUACCUUUUGAGACAGGAAAUAAAUGACAUCAUGGACAAAGCAAGUAAUGCUGUUGUUGUAAAUGAAAACAGUCAAACUGAAGAGGCCAAAAUACCAGUGGUCAAUGUGCCAAAGUUUUACUGCAAAUGGUCUGAGGAUGUAAUUAUUGACCAUGACCACAAGGAGGAGCCUGAAGAAAAGGAGAGUGUGAAAGAAGAGGAUGAUCCAGAGCAGAAAUUAUACAAAGUUGCAAAUGAGUUUCUGCAAAGUGAGAGGGCCUAUGUUGCUCGACUGUACCUGUUGGACAAGGUGUUUUGUUCACGUCUGAUGGAAGAAGCAAACCGAGGAUCUUUCCCUCCUGAAGUCGUCAAAAACAUCUUCUCCAACAUCUCCUCCAUUUUCUCCUUCCACAAUCAGUUUCUGCUCCCAGACCUCGAGAACUGUCUCAGCCACAGAGGUGACUGUGCAGGCCUGGGCAGUGUUCUGCUGCAGCACGCUCCCUUCAUGAGGAUGUAUGCAGACUACGUCCGAAACUUUGACCAGUCCUUGGACCUGGUGAGGACCUGGACUGAGCGCUCCUCUGCCUUCAGGAACAUCAUUCAGGAAAUACAGAGCAUGGAGCAGUGUGGCAGUCUGACCCUGCAGCACCACAUGUUAGAGCCUGUGCAGAGACUUCCUCGAUACGAACUCCUGCUCCGAGAUUAUCUGAAGAAACUCCCUGAGGAUCACCCAGAUUAUCAACCUGCUCAGAAGUCGUUGCAGACUAUUUCCAUGGCAACGGUCCACUCAAACAGCGCCAUCGAAAAAGCUGAGGGUCUAAGGAAGCUGCUGGAGGUUUAUGAGAUGGUGGGCGAGGAGGAGGUGGUCAAUCCCACAAACGAGUUUCUGAAAGAGGGUCGACUGGUCAAGCUCGCCGCCAGGAACACGUCUGCCAUGGAAAGACGACUGUUUUUGUUCAAUAACUUCUUGCUGUGCUGCUCACCUAAGUUCAGUCUGGUGGGGCAGAGGUACACAGUGCGCUACAGAAUCGGGAUCGAUGGGAUGAACGUUCAGCCGACCGUAAACGAAGGUCAUCCGUUCACCUUUCAGGUCUCUGGAAAGGAGAAAACUGUGGAGCUGCAAGCCAGUUCUGAAGAAGAGCGCGAUGAGUGGAUUAAGGUGAUCCAAGAGGCCAUUAGUGUAUUCCAGAAGAAAAAUGAAACCUUCAAAAUGGCCGCUCGAGACCUUGUUGUGGAGGAGCCUAUGAAGGAACUGGGUCGCCGUGCUCCAAAGUGGAUCCGAGAUAAUGAGGUGACAAUGUGUAUGAAAUGUAACGAGGCUUUUAACCCUCUCACGAGAAGAAGACACCACUGCAGAGCCUGUGGAUGUGUUGUGUGUUGGAAGUGUUCAGACAAUAAAGCAGCUCUGGAGUACGAUGGGAACAAACUCAACAAAGUGUGUAAAUCCUGCUUCCACAUCCUGACUGCUCAGCGAGGGGAGCGACUAAGAGCACACUCAGACGUACCCAUAUUACCCAGUUUAAUAAGUGGAUUCUUAAAUUACGGUGACAACCCAAAGACAUGGCAACAAACAUGGACUGUUCUCCCCAAAAGUGACCCAUCAGUACUGUACCUGUAUGCUGCUUCACAGGACAUCAAACCCCAGUCUACUAUUCCUCUGCUCGGGUACAUGGUGGAGAAAUAUCCACAGGAGUUUCCAGGUCAAGUUUGUUUCUGUUUGAGACAAUCAAAAAUCACACACACUUUCUUUUGUGAGCACAUGGACCUCAGAGAUCGCUGGGUUACUGUUCUCAAGACAGCUAUUCACAACACUACACUUGCACUGCCCUCCACUGAAUCCUGCAGUGGUAAUGUAUCUGACGCAAGCUCCUCCAGUAAUGAAGAUUAUAUUAUAAUUGACCAUGAGGCAUAAAUUAUUUAUAUUAUGCUUAUCAGUAACUUGAUAAUGUCAUAAAAUUGAUAUAGAGUAGUAACUGAAUUGAAAAUGGAUGUAUACUGAUUUGGUACAGAUAAAUAUUCGUUUUAAACAUUCCAUUCUGAUCAUUAAAGGUACACUAUGUAACUUCUCUGUUAGGCCAUCUGCCACUUUCUUGCCUUUAUUUUUUUUUUAUUUAGAAGGAUAGCCACUUGAGAUGUAAUAUCUUGUUUGUGAGGGGGUCCUUAGUGUAAUAACAGAAAAAUAGCAAUUACUGAAAGGAAGAGAAAAAACAAAAACACACAUCAUAACAGACAACAUUCACACAAUACAGUAUCAUAAGAUCAUACGGCUCUCUUGAGUUUAUCAUCCUCACACAUAUAUUGAUAAAUUGUUGAUGUGAGAUUGGAGAAAAGCAAAUCUAUAUACACCAGGGAGUACAUAAAACAAAAAGUAGUUGUUUUCAAAACGUUUCCUUUGUGGAGAUGUUGCUCUGCCUGGUAUGUACCACAGUAUGGUAUGUAUGUAUCUAUUGUGUAUCCCUUCAAUUACAGGUGUGUUUAUUGCUAGAAAUGGAGAUGCAUAAGUCUAAUAACAUACUGUGGGGCACUGCAGGCAAUGCAAUAACAUCUCCUCUGUGACAAACCUCCAGAAAAAAUGAUGUAGUAGAAGUACAUUUUUAUGGUUUUGAGUUAUAAUUGAAUUUGGUUUGGUGCAGUAAACCAUCUACCUCCUAGAGAACUUUGAUUCUCUGAUUUGCAACCGUAAUACUUUGUUUGUUUUAACUGUACUGCUAAACAUAUUUUUGUUUUAUUUUAAGCUAAUUUUUAACUGUUCAUUUAACCUCCAGAUAACCUACUGCUGGUCUCUGUAUACUAAAACCAAUGGUAACUUGGUGUGGUCACUAAAUGAAUAUUGUAAACACAUUAACUUCAGGGACUGUGUUUGUUACUAGUGGAAAUGCACUUUAUUUAUUUUACUGUAAAACAUUCUCAAAUAAACAUGUUUUAACUGGUUGUGUUUAUCAAUGGUCC